CGCCGCCUCUACUGGGGCUUCUUCUCCGACCGAGGCCGUGUCCGGCCAGGGGGCCGCUGGCGCGAGGCCGCCUGGCAGCUCUGCGACUACUACCUGCCCUACGCGCUGGGCGGCGGCUAUGUGCUCUCCGCCGACCUCGUGCACUACCUGCGCCUCAGCCGCGAGUACCUGCGCGCCUGGCACAGCGAGGACGUGUCUCUGGGCGCCUGGCUGGCGCCGGUGGACGUGCAGCGGGAGCACGACCCUCGCUUCGACACCGAGUACAAGUCCCGUGGCUGCAGCAACCAGUACCUGGUGACGCACAAGCAGAGCCUGGAGGACAUGCUGGAGAAGCACCAGACGCUGGCGCGCGAGGGCCGCCUGUGCAAGCGGGAGGUACAGCUGCGCUUGUCCUAUGUCUACGACUGGUCGGCGCCGCCCUCACAGUGCUGCCAGAGGAAGGAGGGCAUCCCCUGACCACCGCCCUGAGCCGGCCCGCGCACCCGGGAUGGCAGGGCUCCCGGCCUGCACGCAGUCCUGCUGCAUGUGAGGGUGCAGGGGAGGCCAGGACAGAGUCACUGGGGGGUCUGUGGGGCAGCAGCUGACAUGGCCUCCCACGGCCUUACACUGGCAAAGCCCACAGCUUCUGGCUAGCUGUGAGGAUGAAGGCAGCCCUCUAGAGGACCUGGGCUACCCAUCUGCCAUGGGCCUUUGGGUGGAUGCCAAGCAGCGGUGGAUAACUCCUAGGCCCCAGCUCCAGUCUUCACCCAGGAGUCCGCCUCCAUGUCCAUACGUGGCAGCCUAGUCAAGCACAGGUCUGGGAGACCCCUAGGGCAGGCCGGAGCUAGCGUCAUGUCCUGGUAGAAGGGUCCUGUCCUGCAUUUGGACAUUGCCUGGAUUAGGGAGCAGCCUGGCUGUGGGAGCGCCAGCAGACAGCCCCAACGGAGACCUGUCCAUUCACUGUCCUCUCCUGAGUCAGGGCUAAGGAGCCAGAGGCUGUAGCUGACCGGAGUUGCAGGACCUGACCCCAAAGAAGAAUUUCUGACACUUUCUGUGGUGGGACAGUGUCAUGUCCUGCAUCCAUUGUGCUGACCACCCCCCUAGGAAAUCGGUCUGUGCUGAGAACUGUGACUGCCGCAGACUGACCCAGGGCCCUGGCACUUGGACCCACCGGCUUUACUGGAGAUGGCUGUCAUUCUGUUUGGUCAAGUCAGCCAACCCUGUGUCUCCUGUUGGUAUUGCUGUCACACGUCUGUCUAGGAUUUAGCUCCACUUUGUGUGAACCAGCAUUCGUGGCGUUUCGGUCUGUGUGCUGCCCUGGGGUGGAAUGGUGCACGUAACUCAGCACUGACCUGCAGUUUAUUCACAAGCUUUGUAAAUUUGUGAUGAUGAGAGUUCACGUUGGGGGUGCGUAGGUCUGUAUGUGUUUUAAAUUAUUUAAGAGAAAACUUUUCUAUCAGAACUUGGACUUGUGGCUUAAUAUGUUUUUACAGCCUGAGUUGUAGACCACUGGCUGCUGAAGUGUUGAGACAUGCAAGCAUUUAAAG